CUUCCCAUAAGAGAAAGGAAAGGAGAUGACUCCUAUAGCACAAGAAGGAAUGUCAUCCUUUCCUUUGCACUAAAGGCAGAACAAUUUGGCGUGCUGCAGUCAUUAACUCCCUUUAUAGACUUUGCCUAUAUAUAUGCAUUUGAGCUUGCCAAGUAGUCAUACUUUGAUGGUUCCUUAACAUAUUCAGGCUGCUCUUACCACCUUCCAUCAUGGUUUCUCAGGGGCAAAGGCCUCUUGCAUCCAUCCUCCUCUUCCUCAACCUCAUAAUGUAUCUUAUCGUCGCCGUGAUCGCCGGUUGGGCCAUUAACUAUGGCAUCGAAGAGACUCCUCAUGCAGUGUCAACCUCGCCGGUGACCAGACUGUUUCCAAUAUACUAUCCCAUUGGAAACUUGGCAACUGGAUUUUUUGUGAUCUUCUCGCUCAUUGCUGGAGUUGUGGGUGUUGCCACUUCACUCACUGGCUUGCUAGAUGUCAUCCAAUGGAAUCCAUGCAGCUUAUUAUCAGCUGCAGCCUCUUCUAUAAUUACUUGGGCCCUCACUCUUCUGGCUAUGGGGUUGGCAUGCAAAGAGAUUAGCAUAAGCUUAAGGCCUCCAAGCUUGAGAACACUGGAGACACUGACCAUCAUCUUGAGUGGCACACAACUGCUGUGCACAGGGACCCUUAACGCCGGCGCAACAGCCACCACGGCGCAUGAGCACUUCGCCGGACGAUGCUAAGACCAUGAAAAUUACCUCUGCUACAUUAUCUAUUUCUCUAUAUUCCCUGUGCUUAAAUUACUUACAACCAUCUCCAUCCAUCAGUUUCAUGUUCCAAAUUUUUCUGUAAUACUUGGAGAUGAUGAGACAUAAAUAAAUAAAAAUUUAUGGUGUUUAUGAA